AUGCGAGAUUUCUACGUGGACGAUCUACUUACGGGGGCAAACAAGGUGGAGGAAGCAAGGAAAGUAAAAACAAAAAUUAUUCAUCUUCUCUUAGCCGCAGGAAUGGACCUUCGAAAAUGGGCUUCGAAUAACCCAUACGUAUUCGAAGAAUCGAAUCAUUCAGGAUCGGAAAGAAUGAUUCAAACAGAUAAAGAUCCAAAAACGUUAGGAUUAUUAUGGACACCUGUCAUCGAUAAAUUAAAAUACUGUGUACAGCAGACAUCACAAUCCUGUGCUGCAAAAAGGACAAUAAUAUCAAUUUUUGCUCAGAUUUUUGACCCAUUAGACCUCGUUGGUCCAGCGGUGAUCCGUGCUAAAAUCAUUCUUCAAUGUCUGUGGCAAUUAAAACUCGCUUGGGAUGAGACUCUACCGCAAAAUCUCCACACUGUAUGGAAAGAAUAUCACGGUCAACUCAAGGCACUGAAUGAAAUUUCGGUACCGCGAUUCGUUCUUGGCAAAAAUCUUGUAACUGUGCAAAACUAUGGAUUCAGUGAUGCCUCGACAGUAGCAUACGGCACUUGCAUAUAUUUACGGUCGUCUGACUCUAUCGGGAAUCGCACUGUACGUUUGCUGUGCGCCAAGUCACAAGUCGCUCCGCUUAAACAAAUAAACUUUCCCCGGCUGGAAUUCCAAGCCGCCUUGGUGCUAGCACACUUGACUGAGACAGUAAGUGCAGCACUGACCGUGAAAAUCGACGGAAAAUAUUUUUGGUCUGACUCAACUAUAACUUUGGUUUGGAUCCUGUCAUCACCUACUCGAUGGCCAACUUUCGUAGUUAACCGAACGAGCGAAAUUCAAAGCCUGACUUAUGACAACUGGAAUCAUGUGCAAUCCGGAGAUAAUGCAGCUUAUCUCAUUUCUCGCGGAAUCAAUCCAGAGGAUCUCUGCGACCAGGAACUUUGGUAG